GAGCCUCGAGCCUCGACCGUCGUCGUUGUACAAUUCCAUGUGCUCUCUGUUGUCGAUCGACGACGCCUGCCAACUGAGAAUGAAGAAAUCCGAAGGCGGAACCUUCAAAGUGGGUGGAUGGAUGGAUGGCCAUGGCUUCAGCACUACCCACAAACUUGAACAUCGCAACGAGCAUCGAGCUCCCACAAUCUCGGCAGCAUUGCAAUGCGAGCCAGAAAUCCAGCCCGCCCGCCAGCAUGAAGCUACUGAACGCCGCAAUGUCUCGCCCUGCCCUGCCCUGCACGCACGGCCCUGUCGCUGCGGCCGAGGACGUACGAAAGAUUGCUCCAUCGAUCGGCGACCGAUCCGGAUGUUUGGAAUCUCUCUCUCCGCGGUUCGAUGCCGGCUUCCGGUCGCGGUGGCGAAAUUCCCGUUCCGAGGGAGGAUGCGCAACCAUCGAUCGAUCGAUCGAUCGAUCAGUCAGUCAGUCAGUCAGUCAGUCAAAUCAAUCAGUCCCGAGUGGCAGCUCCGGCUGGAAGAGACGUUAGUUCACGAGUGGCAGAUUUGACUGCAUUCCAGUCCACGAUGGAUGCGGAGGAAACGGAAGGGGAACGGGUAACGUUGCGGCAACGCGAGCACUCGCUGCCGUUGCCGUCAUGAUGGUGGAGGAGGGAUGGCGAGGAGAGCCCUCCCUCCCUCCCUCUGUAACGGUUGUGUGAGCCCCCCCGCAAAUCUCUGCGGUUGGGGGGACAGGAGAGCGCCGGCUGCGAGGUCAGAGGCUUCGGCGGAGAUUCCCAGACUGCUCCCUGCUCGAGAUUCGCAGACUCGGCCCAUCGAUCGAGCGCAACCGCAACCCCUGUCCUCGUCGUCGUCGACGCCGCCGCACGAGUCUUGCUUGCGCCAUCGCUCUUGGCACCGAUUCGCUCGCUCGCUUCGUCGGACCCUCUCUGCUGCUCGUGCACGAGAACUCUCGAGCGCGACUGCAAUGUUGAGCACGAUGAGAUUCAUUUUUGAGAGGACGAAGACUCCUCUGGAGGUGAUGCGAGAGAACAGGCGCCUGAUGGAACGAGGCAUGAGGGAGAUCGAGCGAGAGAAACAGUCGCUGCAUACCAUCGAAACGAAGCUGAUUCAAGAGAUUAAGAAGGCUGCCAAAGUCAACCAAUGGGAUGCUGUGAAGAUCAUGACAGUGGACCUCAUAAGAACUCGACAACGAAUCAUCAGAUGCUAUAACCUGUACCAACAGCUGAAAAGCAUAUCUCUUCAUACGCAGACACUGAAAUCAGCAGAAUCAAUGGCAGACGUUUUGCAAGGCUUUAUCAAAGCCGUGAGGCAGCUGAACUUGCAUGUGAAUCAACCGGCCUUGCAAAAGAUCAUGCAGGAGUUCGAAGUACACCAAAUGCGAAUGGACAUGAGCUUGGAAGAGAUGGAGGAGGAGGAUCUCUACGAAGAGGAGGAAGAAGAAGAAGAAGAUGUCGAUGAGUCAGAGCAGCUCGUUUGUCAAGUGCUAGACGAGCUCGGAGUGGACUUCAGUAUUCUGGUCUGAAGCCAUCUCUGCUCGCAACUUGCAUCCCAGUCCGUCUCGUCAAACCCAGACAUCUCAACUCAUCACCAAAUGGACAAUCUAGAGUGUAUCUAACCUUGUGUGUGCACUCUCUGCUGUCGUCAUCGAGCGGCACAUUGAUCCUUCUUUCUCAUCGUUGAUUCUGUCGCUACAGCUGAAUCAUGCUCCACAAGAAUCGCAUCCUGAACCGAUCGAAGCUCAGAAGAUGGUGUGCGAUGAACCGAGAAUCGGCAUCGGUCUAAGAGACAGGAUGAACCGACUUCGAAUGGCAUGACCGUCGAGGCUGGAGCUAACGUGAUGACGAGAACCGAGAUAGAUGAGCUUUCAGUUUCCCUUUUCUUAGAGGAAGAGACGAUCCCGCAGGUACGAAGUUUCGUGAGUUGUUGGAUAACGGCCGUAAUACCAGAUGCAAAGAGAAGCAGAAAUUUUUACAGAAGAAUGAGUCAGUCGACAGAUCUGUCAUGUCUUGAAUAUCAACCGAUGUGCAGAUUUUGCAAUCCGUGUACUUUGAUGUCCACAGUGUGAAAUCUCACUUUCUAUAACAGCUCUCUCAUAACCAGCACAUUCGUAGUAUACUCGAUGUGAGCUAGCGACGUCAUUAGCAAUGACACUCUGAGAAUCCAACAUAUAAUUGAGUGUCAUAGAGUACAUUACGGUAGGAAACUCUCGACAACAAAGGCCAGGAUCGUUGGCAUCGGCGUCUUGGAAGCGACCACACGUAAUACCGGACUCCUCAGCAGGGCCUCUAGUUAAGGCACGAGGUUCUAUUGCAUAUCCAAGGGGCACUGGUUUCUACUGUGUGUUCCGGUGUGCUGUAUAGACUGCGUUGAGACGGCUCGUUGGAGCCAAUACGAAGACUGGCUGCAGCUGCUCUUUACCUGUUGCCGAUAGAUCUGCUGUAAAUAUCUGAUGUUUGCACAACUCGUAUUUUAGUCAUGUGAUGUGUCUACGCCUUUACUGUGACUGAUCCACUGGAUUCGA